AUGAUACCCCGAUCAGCAUUACAGAGGCAGCUGUCCAGCUCAAUCUCCUCCACUUCUGCGCGUCGUGCCUUUUCUACCGCCCUAGCAGCACAGAAUGCCCGCGCCCCGACACCGGAGAACCCGCCCGCACGCCCGCACGGAAUCGACCCGCGAUGGCUCACUAUGAUGAAGCGCCGACUUGGGCGGUGUAUGAUGUUCGGUCUCAAGCCGAAUCAGAUUGACGAGGCGGGGAAUAUUCUGAACCAAUUGGCUAGGGAUUGGCGAGAAUUGAUUGCUGGCAGCGAGGGCUUCUUGACUGAUGAGAAGAGGCGGAGCUUGUAUCGCCAUAACGUGGUUUGGGGGGAGAUGGAUGUAUUCUGUCGAUUAGGAUGUCAUGGGCAUGUCAACAACGUCACCUAUGUUAGAUACGCCGAGUCUGCUCGAGUAAACUGGACACGGAACAUUGGAAAUCAUAUCGAUCCAGCAAACAAGAAACAAUGGCUUAAUCUUGUUAACUCAACUGGGAUCGGGCUCAUUCUGCGAAGUAUCAAAGUCGACUAUAAGUUUCCCAUGAAAUUCCCGGACAAGAUCACUGUCUACCAAAAGCUAGUGCACGAUCCGUCAUCGACACCGGCUGGGCAUUCUGCAUUCCAGCUCCAGGUAAUGAUCCUGUCGGAAGCUCGCCAACGUCCUGCGGCUCGCUGCCACGAGGAAAAUGUCACGUAUGACUAUAAGAAAAACCAAAAGACCCCCGAGCUGCCGGCUUUCAUUUUUGAUCAGUUCAAGGAAAUCUGGGAACUGCAGGAGAAAGCCAAACAGGAUUGGCAGAAGCGUAUCCUGGAAAUCGAGAACCGAGUCCGGACCCUGGAAACCGACAGCUGGGAUCGUGCAGACGCGGUUGAAGAUACUGGUUCUGCGAAGCAAUAA